CCAAAAAGUACAUUCAAUAAUAUGUGUGCUCGUGUUAAUUCUGUGUCAAUAUUAAUUGUAAGUAGAAUUAAACUGUACAGUAACGGUCUGUUGAUUUUAAAUCCUGCAGUUCUCUCGACUCGUUCAAGUUCCGAGGUAAUCUAGAGUGCUUUUUUCUUUCAUUUCGUUUAUAAAAAAAGUUUUUGUGUCGUGGUUUCUCGUUUUGUUUUGAAACGUGACGAUGUCAUCUGGAGCAGGACGUGACCCGAGCGUUGACGUUCGAUUGAAGAUGGAGAACCGCGGAUUUGAAGAAGACUUUGGAAAAUCGAUGGAUGAUUCCUUGUCGAAGGUGACAGAUUAUAAUGGGAAAAUUCUGCGUGGAGAAUCAUCACCGAGGAAUAUACGGGACAAGGAAGAGGACUUGCCGCACGUCUACGAGGAUAUAAUUCCCGGUCCAAUGUUCCUGGAAGAAGAAGAAGAAGACGAAGACGAAGACAAAGAAGAAGAAGAAGAAAUCGGGUCGUUCUGCAAGGACAAUCCGGGUUUCUCAGCGGUCCCUGAGAGCCUGGGAAGCGUCUGGAAAGCUGGAACCUUGGGGAAAUCGGAGGGCGGCGUGUCGAAUCCGGGCGACGUGAUCUCAAGGCUCCAGCGAACCCUGACGAUGCCUUUGAAGCGGCUCCCAGAGGGUCGGAAUCGCGAUGUAAGCCGAUCGGUGCGCGUGACCGGAAGCGAGAAGGAACCGGAAGUUGGCCAGGCGCGACACCGGCGAAAAAAGAAGGACUGUAAGCGCUGCAAGAGCCGCGGGACCGAGUCGAAGCUCCACGCGAGGACGGAGCCGAUCCUCGCGCCGCCUACCGGAAGGCUGCCGAACUUCCAAUCGGCAACCGGAAGUCCGCAAACGGUCUUCGCACCGACGAACAAUUGCGCGGUUUGGCACCUGAACCCCGUUAAGCCACUUAAUUACGACAAGAACGAGAUUCAAGACAGACUUGGCGGCCAUGUUGAAAGCUCACCCGAUCACACGGACUUCAAGGCGCUCAUUAACACGCCACAAAAAAAUCGACCCACUAUGAAAGUCAACUCAAUCUACUCCCAGGAUCAUUGGGCAGCUAAGGAGGCUCCGAUUUUUUUUACCGAUAUCAAGGAACACGAGCAUUUUCAGAGGGCAUAUUCCCUGCCCAGUCGGAGUCAGACGCCUUCCUCCCAGAAUCGGGUUAAUCUCCGUCGAAGCGUGAGGGGCGAACCGCCUCCGCGACCAGCGAGACUAGACAAACACCGAAGAGGAUGGACGCUGCACUUUGUGCGCCCGCUGCGCAGCGGAGGAUGCACCAAAUCCGUCGUCAUACUAAUUGCGGUGAUUUUAUUUCUGCUCGGAGUCGGCUGCGCAGCUUUGUACAUUCUUUUCGAGCCUCAGAAGCUGCAGGUGAUACAGCAAUACUUGAUGGCGUCAGCACCAAACGGAACCACGGAAUUUUGCGAGACGUGCUCAACGGUGAAAACACGUCUCGACGAUUUCAACAACACGACAAACCCGACCAGCGUCCAUUUGGAUAUGACGACGGUCACUCCGAGUAUUAUCUGGUCUCCGGAAACGAGCACGAUCAUCGUCCCGGAAUCGGAAACAACCAAAGAAAGCACAACGUCGACGACGAGUCAAUCUCCCCUGCCCCUAGCGUCGAACGUGACCAGAUAUUGCGACGACUGUUUUGCCGGCGAGGUUUGCGUCGCUCUCGUCGGCGAUGAGGUUCCGUUUUGCAGGACCGGUCCUGAUCCCAGGGAUCCCACAGGAUGCGCUGGUCUCUGCCUCAUCAACACGCAGCGCUGCCAUCGGCUGGACGUAGAUGCCUUCAGGUGUACGGACCUCCAUCAUCAUUGUUUGGUGGGCGAAUGGACUUGUUCGAACGGUUUGUGCAUACCUGAAGUGAAGCACUGCGACGGCCACAUGAAUUGCUACGAUCAUUCGGACGAAUACGAAUGCGCCUGCGACCUCGAGACGCACUUCCGGUGCGGAAAUGAAACGUCGUGUUUGCCGCUCGAGAAAAGAUGUGACGGUGUCAUUAACUGCUGGGAUGCUUCAGACGAAAUCAACUGCACCUUAGCUUGUCCGCUGGAGACCGAAUUCACCUGUAAUAACGGCCAGUGUAUAUCAAAGAUGCGGUUCUGUGACGGACUCGCUGACUGUGACGACGGAUCCGACGAGCCUCAUGGAUGCCACGGAAAGUGCAACAAACAUGAAUUCACUUGCGGAAACGGAAGAUGCAUCACCAGAAGUGUGAAAUGCAACGGGAUAGAUGAUUGCGGGGAUGGAACGGAUGAGAAACGAUGCAGGGACCGAUCAUUUACUUAAUUAAAACAAAUUUUCUUUCCAUUAAACAUGUUUCAUUAUAUACGUAUGGGAAAUCUGUAAAACUUACGAGAUAUAUUAUACAUAUACGAUAAUUGUGUGUGCAUUGCAUGUUCAAUUGCGGCAAUUGAUGUUUGAAUGAAUGUUGAAAAAUUGAGAAUUAGUUGAGAAUUUGUACUAUACUGUAUUCAGCAUUAUACAUAGAGAAACGUAUUAUUAAUAUAUUAUAUUAUUAUAUUAUAAUAUAUAUUGUAGACAAUAUGAGAACCCUGUGAACAAAUUAUUC